UGCAAUGCGAAUAUUAUGUCGGCCAUAUUGACAUCUAAAGGCAAAUAACUUGACCCGAUGAGUAAUGAUUUUCGUUAUGUUAAUUGCAUCUUUUUAUUAGACAAAGAAUGCAAUAAUAUAGUGCAUAAAUUAUCCUUUCCAAACAUUGUAAACAUUCAGUGUUUGUUUUUAAUACAUCGCGCUGCUGCACAGCGAGUUUCGGAGUUGUGAACUUGUUCGACAAAACGUCAAAAACCAUCAACACACGAACACACAUGACACCUUUUGGACUAUAAACCUUCGAACCGAUAUUUCUAGCACCUUAAAGAGAUAGAAUGUCAUAGAAAGUCGGUGCAAAUAAUCCAGGAAAGAAUACUAUGCCAGUGGCAGGAAACAAAUAGCUUUGAUAUGAUGGGUGUGAGACACAAGUGACUAAGAUGGAGAUCUCCCCAGCAGAACAACGCCUGAAAAAGCUCGAGGAGCUUUACAUAGGCGGUGUCCUAAGUUCCGGUGGCACUGCACUGAGUAUAGAAACCCUGCUGGAUAUUUUGUUAGUUCUCUAUGAUGAAUGCCAGAGCCCAGCGUUGCGCAGAGAAAAAAGAAUAUCAGAAUUUGUAGACUUUGUUAAACCUGUUGUUAACAAGGUCAAAAGCUACAGAUUGUCCCGAGAUGAUUUUGAAACUGUCAGAAUUAUCGGCAGAGGUGCUUUUGGAGAGGUGGCUGUUGUAAAAAUGAAAUCCACAGAGAAAGUUUAUGCCAUGAAGAUUCUCAACAAAUGGGAAAUGUUGAAACGUGCUGAGACCGCCUGUUUCAAAGAGGAGAGAGAUGUUCUGGUGUAUGGAGACAGGCGCUGGAUAACAAACCUCCAUUAUGCAUUUCAAGACGACAAUUACUUGUUUCUGGUCAUGGACUACUAUGUGGGUGGAGAUCUUCUCACUCUACUGAGCAAGUUUGAAGACCGUAUACCCGAGGAUAUGUGCAAAUUCUAUAUUGCGGAGAUGGUGUUAGCUAUAAACUCAUUACAUGAGCUCCAUUAUGUUCAUAGAGACAUUAAACCUGACAAUGUGCUAUUAGAUCUGAGCGGACAUAUUGUGCUAGCUGACUUUGGAUCCUGUCUCAGGCUGUUGGAGGAUGGAACUGUUCAGUCUUCUGUGGCUGUGGGAACUCCAGACUACAUCUCACCAGAGAUUCUUAGGGCUAUGGAGGAUGGACAUGGGAAGUAUGGGCCGGAGUGUGACUGGUGGUCCCUUGGCGUGUGUAUGUACGAGAUGCUGUAUGGCUGCACACCCUUCUACGCCGAAUCACUGGUAGAGACAUACGGGAAAAUCAUGAACCAUCAGACGCGGUUUGAGUUUCCAACAGACAUUGAUGAGUCUGAGGACUGUUCCGAUCUUGCCAAAGACCUGAUGAAGCGACUUAUCUGUUCGGCAGAUGCACGCUUUGGGAGGGGAGGUGUGAAGGAUUUCCGAGACCAUACCUGGUUCGAGGGCAUCAACUGGGAAAACAUCAGAGAAAUCACAGCCCCAUUUAUCCCUGAAGUGAGUAGUCCGACAGACACGUCUAACUUUGAUGUUGAUGACUCUGACUUUAAGCACACAGACACGGUUCCCCCUUCCUCUCAUGGCAUUUUCAAGGGUCAUCAUCUUCCAUUUGUUGGCUUCACCUUUUCCAAAGACUGUCAAAUAUCCGAUACUGCCUGCUUAAAAGACAGUGUGGACGUUGACCCAAAACAUCUUGAGUCACUAGCAGCUGAUGCAUUUGAACGACGAAUCUUAAACCUUGAAAAGGAAAACAAAGAAUUACAAAGAAAACACAAAGAAGCCACAGCAACCAUCCAGAGGCUGAACAGUGACAAUGCGAGUGGGGCGUCAGCAGCUGCCGGGGCUGCAGAGGCAGAGAGUAGACAGCUGAAGGAGGAACUAGCCAUUAUGCACAAAGUUGUAGCAGAGUCACAAUCAGAGUUAAGUAUACAGGAGCAGGACUUACGGAAGGCUCGUGACCAACGAACAGAGAUUGAGCGGCGCAUGAAACUAGUUGAGGAAGAGAAGACAGCCCUUGAACGUGAACUGCAGGACCUCCGAGACAAGUACAAGCUACAGGCACGGGAACUUAAGGAUGCAGUCGCCAAACAGAAAAUAGCUAUAGAAAAAUACACCGACUCCAAUGAUCAAUUGCUGAAAUCUCAAGGAAAGGUGAAGGAGCUGACAAGAGAUCUCCGUAACAUUACAGAGGAGUCUGACGAGUACAAGAGGAAAUUGGACUCCCUCAAGAACGAGAGGAGACGCAUUGAGAAAAAUGUCGUUGAUUUGCAAAACCAACUGGAUGAGGUACGGUCUGAGCACGUUCGUGAGCGCAAGUUACGCGAGAGAGCAGAGGAGAAUAGCCAGGAGAUUGAGAUGGAGAUGGAGGCACUUAAACGGAAGCAUGCAGGCAAGGACAACACAAUGGCCUCCCUCGAACUCUCACAGGAAAUAUCCAGGUUAAAAACAGAGAUAGACAGAAAAGAUUUGGAGCGUGAAGAAAGUAUGAACAGAUUGACUUCAAAACAUCAAAAUGAAAUUAGUGAUCUAAAAUACUUAGUGCAAGAACUAGAAAUCAACAAAAAGGAACUACAAAAUCAAAUAAGCUUGUUUAAAGCAAAACAAAGUGAUGAGGAAUCUAUAGAAGAUUUACGGACUAGUUUACAUCACUUACAGUCUCGGUUAGACCAGGAGGAAAGAAAUAGUGCCUCACUGAAAGAGGAUAACGAACGGUUACGAGAUGACCUCACAUAUAACCAGACUACAAUGGAGAGUUUGAUGGCUGAGAAAAGUCAGCUGGAGAAUGAGAUGAGGGAGAUCUAUGACAAACGAGAAUCCGUUACUCAGUGGGAGGCACAGAUAUCAGAAAUCAUUAAAUGGGUAUCUGAUGAAAAGGAUGCCCGCGGGUACCUCCAGGCUUUGGCUGGGAAGAUGACAGAGGAGCUGGAGAAUCUGAAGGUGAUGGGCGUGUCCGGGGAGGACUCUGGUCGCCAGCGCUGGAGGAACCGCCGGUCACAGCGCCUUGACAAGAUGGAGCUACUCAACCUGCAGUCAUCACUCAACUCUGAGAUCCAGGCCAAGACGCAGAUCAACGAGGAGCUCAACAGGAUCAAGACUCAGUACUCACUCAUGGAAGGGAAGUACAUGGAGGCUGAGGACCAAAAGAAAGAGCUGCUACAUGAAGUUGAUGAGCUCCGUAAGAAGGUGAAGAAGAUGGAGGACUCACAGAAGUCUUACGACUGGGACAGAGAGCAGCAGGACUCCAACUCCAUGAUGGACUACUUUAAGGGCCAGUUUUCCAUACUCAAUGAUGGUUGUUUUGAUUUUGAGAUUGACGAUGGUAAAGGGGGCAGGUUGAGUUUGACAAUUGAAUCAUCCAAUGAGAGUAUGGCAGAUGAGGAUAGUGAGGAUGCCCAGUCCCGGGCCGACUCCAAGACAAACUCCCGGACAGACCUGCAGGAGCCCACCGAACCUUCCAUCCCACCCAGCCCCAUGAACACAUCCAAACACAGCCUGGCCUCAGAGCCAGAAAAGGAGCCUCUGCGGUCUUCAUUUAGCGGUACCCCUCCUGGCUCCCCCAAGUCGUCCCUACAGAAGGUGCACAAAUUCCUGUACAAGACCUUCAGCGUCCCGUACAAGUGUAACUACUGCACAUCCCUCCUUGUUGGUGUUCAUAGACAAGGCAUUACCUGUGAUGAAUGUGGCUAUACAUGCCAUGUACACUGUAGUGAUAAAGCUCCACCUGUGUGUCCUGUGCCAGCUGAUCAAACCAAACGGCCAAUGGGUAUAGAUGUGAACAAAGGCAUUGGAACAGCCUAUGAAGGCUAUGUUAGAGUGCCUAGGCUGGGUGGUAUAAAGAAAGGCUGGGCCCGGCUGUUUGUUGUUGUCUGUGAUUUCAAGCUGUUCCUGUUUGACAUCCCCCCAGACCGGGGAACUCCUAGUCCUAUAGUGCAACAGGUCCUUGACAUGAGAGAUGAAGAGUUCUCUGUUAGUCAAGUUUUACCAUCAGAUGUGAUACAUGCGAACAAAAAAGAUAUACCUUGUAUAUUUAGGGUCACGACAUCAGAGUUGAAUCCUCCCGGCAGUAAGCAUGCUGUGCUGAUGCUGGCUGAGAGUGAGAUGGAACGACAACGCUGGGUUGGGGCCCUCAAUGAACUACAGAAACUUCUACGCCGAAAUAAACUGCCAUUCAAGUUUGUUUUUCAAGCCCAGGAAGUGUAUGACAACUCCCUGUCGCUGGUGAAGGGGACGUUUUCGGCAGCGGUGCUCGAGUCUAACCGACUACUGCUGGGCACAGAGGAGGGUGUCUACAUUGCAGAACUCGCCAAAGAUGUGUUGAUACGUAUUGGUGACAAGAGUGAAAAGAAGCCAGUAUUCCAAGUAGAACUUGUGCCAGAAGAACAACUCAUAGUCCUCAUAAGUGGUAAGCAGCGACACAUAAAGCUGUUGCACCAGUCCGCUCUGGAAGGCUACGACGUGGACCCAGUAAAGAUCCAGGAGACAAAGGGCUGUCAGUUAUUCUGUACUAAUACAGGCCACUCCUCCAAUGUGGCCACAUACAUGUGCGUGGCCUUCAAGCGCCAAAUUAUUGCAUUUGAGUUGUUUAAACACCGGCAAAGGCACCGGCGUGUUCGGGACAUGACUGUGCCAGGCCAAGUGCAGUUUAUGGACCUCUGGGAGGACAGACUGGUGGUCGGUUACCAGUCAUACUUUGUGAUAUACAAUGUGCUGGGAGAUGGCGGUCCGAACGCCCUCGUGAGCCACGACGACAGUCAGCUCAAGUUCCUCUCUCACAGCCCUGUUGACUCCAUGCUGGCCGUGGAGCUCUCAGACAGGGAGUUCCUUCUUGCAUUUAGUGUGUGUGGUGUAUAUGUAGAUAGCUAUGGUAGGAAAUGUAGACCGUACGAGAUCAUGUGGCCAGCCACGCCCACCUCAAUCAGUUACACUGCUCCCUACCUCAUCUGUUACUCGGAGAACUCUGUGUUUGUGUACGAUGUCAACUCUGCCGACUGGAUUCAGACUCUCUGCAUAAAAAAGACAAAACCCUUAAAUCGUGAUGGAAGUCUCAAUCUCAUCAACAACUUUGAUGCUUUGCAUCUCAUCUACUUUAAAAACUCCUCCAAAGAAGAAGACAAGCUGCAGAUUUCUGAGCUGUUCAAGGGUCGAAGUGUGAACAGGAACAAGCGUAGAUUCUCAUUCAAGACACGGGAGGAUGAGCGCAAUGCCAAGGGUCGUUCCCGGGAGAUAUCCGCCCCCAUGUCAUUCACUCACAUCUCCCAUAUGGGCCCGGACCAAAAACUGCCCAAUGUCUCAGCAGCGGACCGGAAGUCGCGGGCCAUCUCGGGACCCACUAACUUCAGUCAUGUGGCCCAUAUUGGCCCUAACCAGGGCAUGCCAAACCUCAUGGACUUACCCAUGGCAAGGAGCAGCCUAUCAUCAUCCAACAGUGUAGGAUCGGGGGACAAGAAGAAAGGCCGGAACUUGUUUAACAGCCGCAGUAGUGACAGCAAACUGCCUCGUGGGGUCAACAAAUCCAGUAAUGGCAACCUGUCUAGUCGUGAUUUGGGGCGACCUGUGGGCAGUUCCCAGAGGAGUGACCUCUCUGAGAGCCCAGAAGGAUCAAGCUACUUGGGGGAACCCUCACCUACUAUCUUCGAGAAAGAGUCACCAGUCUUUGACAGUGAGAUAGGUGUUCGGGGCGGUUGUGCGUCCCUGGACUCCAGCAGCAGUGAUGGCAGUUCCCUCGGCUCUCUAGCCCGCCACGGCUCUGAAGAAGCUGACACCAGGCAACAAAAUAUUGAGGAAUGGUCACACCUCUAGCAACCCACCAGACAACGCAACAUCACGGAAUUUUUAUGCCUAUAGCAACAUGAUAUACACUUUGGGGGCACUAUUUGUGCGACUGAAAGAGUUGUGGACUUUCAUGGUUUGGCUUUAUUUUGUUAUCUCAAUUGCAUGACACUGUUUCAAAAUAAUUAGUAAAAACUAAAUAUAGUGUUGUUUUAUAGAUACAAAAUACAUUCAAAAUCCUUUCUUGUACAAAACACUCCUUUUUGCUUCAUUUUAUAUUUGUUGCUAAGUGACUACAGUUGAACAAGAUGUCAGUUGUAGGUGGUAUCUGGCUGUUUUGUUUGUGAGGUGUAAUUUAAGGCCAGUAUAUUGUGAACCAGUUGUUAAGUAUUUAUUUCCUGUGUAUCAUUGGUCUGUGCAAAACUGAAAUUCAACUUUUUAUUCAGUUAUUAAGACCAGAUUGCACACUCCCAGUAUGAUGGCAAUCAUGAGCAUUUGUAAACAGAUUACCAGCAGCUGAUACCUGCUGGUGUUGUAAACAGAAUCAAAGAUCAUAUCUUUAUUUGUGGACCAUUUCUGUGGCAGAUUUGGUAUCAUUUCUGGUCUCCAUUACAUUGUUUAAGUGCCAAUAAUCAUUUGUUUUGUCUGUGUUAUUAUGUGUAUACGUUUAUAUUGUUAUUUUUUAAGAGUCAAACUGUUUUUAUUAGACUUCAUAGAAGUUACUAUACAAGAACAAAUCUGAACAAUGAUUGUAACUGAAUUUCUUUCACAUAAAGUUACAAAAGCUGUUCAGGUGUAUGGAACUACUAUCACAUUGUAACACUCCCAAACCUAGGAGAUGUUUAAUAGAGUUUGCAUUGUAAUCCUUAACUUAAUUUCUCUUUGAGUCAGUGUGAGUGUAUACAAAAUGUAUCCUGCAUAUGAUUAACAUGUUACUGAUUUUGUGUGUUAAGAAUUUAGGGCAGUUGUUGAUCAAGAUGGGCAUGAGACAGAACACUGUAUCUGUAGUGACAUCCUACUGUAUUUAGUUGGUUUUUGCACUGCACAUGUUAAACUUCAGUCAAGAGCACUGUAUUUUUGUUACUGUUCUGGUGCUUACAGUUAUAUUUUGCUUGUGAAUAUGUUAUAUAUUGUCAAUUUACUUGUACAUAUUAUAUUUAAGCAAUUUUAGUAUGUUCUCUGUGGCACUUUUAUCAUCUUCCACUCUCUUUCUCUCACACACAUUUCCCACUGAUAAUUCUCCCCUAUCAUCCUCUCUCUUUUCUAUAAUCAUUGCUAGGACUGUUUCAUACAUAUCUAAUGUUGCAAUUCCAAGUCCUUUGCUGGUUUUAAUAGGAGCAACAAAGUUACCAGGUUCAAAUUAGAAAUUAAAUGUAACUUGAGUAACAACUUGAUGGAUUUGAACAGGCUCUGAAUCCUUAAUAGUCACUUACAACUGAAAGAGUAAACUCUCGAAAGCUACUUAAAUGCAUUUUAGAAAAUAUAAGUGUAGGGUAACUUCCAUCUCUAGAAUUUUGUUUGAAUUUUCUAGUCAUUUUCCUUUAUUAUUUGCUGUAUAUGUCACUAAAUAUGAUGAUACAAAUGUUUUGGUGGAUUGUGUGACUCCAUUACAAGACAUAGCGUGGUUGUGUGCUGACUGUGUGUGUAGUAGACUUGCAGGACAGAGCUUCUAGGGUUUGUACGACUCCAUUGCAAGACCUUGCAUGGUUGUGUGCUGACUGUGUGUGUAGUAGACUUGCAGGCUCUAGCUUCUAGGCUUUGUGACGCCGUGUCUUCUUGACAUCACUUUGAGAUUGUUUUUAUUUGCUGUUUCUGCACUCCUUUUCGAAAUUAUUUAUAAGGUUAAACACAUCUGUUUCAUUUCAUCUUGCAAUUUAUCUCCAGCAAAGGGCUCGGGUUAAAUAGAAAAUGGUAUAGAGCUUGAAUAUUGUUUGCCUGUGUUUUCUAACCCCCAAAUAUGAGCAAAGGAUAAGGAAAUGUGCAUGUAUACACUUUCUUAGGCCAAUGCUACCCCUGCUGUCUGAAGCAAUCUCUUUUAGUGCUAAUUUUUAGCUCAUUUGUUUUUUAAGACCAAAAGUCAAGGUAUUGUGAUAGCCUUUGUGUUGUUAGUGUUGCCUUGGUAUGCACCUAGCCAGAGACAAUGUGCACACAUACAGCAAGGUCCCAAUACUCUGCCUUAUAUAAGUCUCAUCCUAUGCUAUUUGUUUGAAUGAGGAGAAGAAAAACAGACUAGCAUUAGCAUUUCCUCCUUGGCUCUCCUGUUUUACGUAGAUCUGAGGGUUAGAAACGUGAAUAAGCUUGCCAAAGUUACUGUUUCGUUCUGGCUUCCUCUGUCUCCUUGUGAUGUCAUUGUCAUGUCCAUAACCAGCUUCUUCAUCUAUGAGAAAGUUAACAGUAUUUAUAAAGGAAAGUUCUGCCUGGCUUUAAAGCCAUUGUAUAUGCCUUGUACAGGAUGUGAUAUUUUAUUUCGUAUUCCAAUCAUGAAUAUGUGUACCACUGUAUUGUAUGCUGUAUAAAUGAUGUAAAUUGCAUGUGCUUAUAUUGUAACUAGCAUUUUAUUAAUGAUCCAAAUUUUAUCACAAAUUGUUCAGUGUAAGCUUUAAUUUAAUACUUGUUUAUAAUAAAUGUAUAAAUCUGUACAUAUUCCUGUGUUGCAUAGUAAACACUGGUAACUAAAAAUGCAAUUUUGAGUUGUUGUAAAGUGUUUGCUUGAGUAUAUAUGAUGAUGUAUCCAUGUGUGAGAAGUUCUUGUAUAUUAUAAAGCUACUAGGUAGAUAUUUCAAUUAACUUCUGUAUUCUUAUGAUUGUAAACCAACUCUACAUAGCAUUGAGACUUGGAAACAUAAUGAACAAAAGAAGACAUUAUGGAAUCCACACACACUGUACACACUUUUAAGCAUGUUGUUUGUUUGUAUCUUAAACAUAAUAUUUAUUUUUAAAUAAUAAGGACAGUAUAAGUUCAUUGUUUCAAAGUCCAGUUUCUUCAAGUGACAAAUGUUACACAGUUAAGUCUCUUUGUUAUGUAAAGCCCAACUUCACAUAAUCUCUAAGACAUAAGCUGUGAUUAGCUUUCAUCAUGCUACAUCAUAAUGCGCGGUUGGAAAUGUGGGCCUUGUUGUAUUGCUUCUCUAAGUGUUCUCAUUAUUUUGAAGUACAUCCACUCUAUAAAUACCAUGUAAAUUCCAGAUUGGCAAAUACUCUUCUAUUAAUCCACGUACGUUCUUUCUUUCAGUUGAAUACUAAAUAAUACACAGAAUCGUGAAUGUAGACGGUAGUUAAUGUGAUAUAAAGGCUUCAAUAAUGUUAUUUAUUUUUUUGUGACAGCUGUUGCGUACUUCCAUUGUUUUAUAUCAAUAAAUCUGGUACAAUAUUGAUGUAAGGAUUGAAGCAGGAAGUCCUGAUGAUUGUUUGUUGUAUGUAUCAUGCUGAAUGCUUCCGCAGCUUUUAAGUUUGUCAGAAUCCCGCUGUGGAGUAACAACCAUAGGAUAAUUAAUAUUUCAUUAAAUCCAAAAACACUU